AUGGGCGUGGUCGAGACGGUGCACAACAUCCGGAGCCGCGUGCUCCUCGAGCUCUUGGCUGUCGGCCUCGAGGAGGAGCCGACGCCGCCCUUCCACCAGCCGACGCCGAUCGGCGCGACGCCGGCGCCAGCGCCCACCAAGAUCCGCGUCUUGUCGAUGAACGUUUGGGGCAUCCCAGUCACGCCGUAUUGCACCGAGCGCGCCCAAGCGAUCGGCGCGAUCCUCGAAGAGAAGGCCAAGGACUGGGACAUCAUCACGCUCCAGGAGGUCUGGCACCGACGCGAGAAGCGCAUCAUCGUGCACGCAGCGUUGCGCGCGGGCUUUGCCUACUCGCACUACUUUCAUCCGGCGGUCGGCUUUCCGCUGCCGUUAGGCCACGACUCGUUUGGCACGGGCCUCCUCGUGCUCUCCAAGUUUCGUCUCUCGUCGGCCAUGUACCACCCGUUCCUCUUGACGGGUCGGCCGUAUGCGCUGCACGAAGCCGACUUCAUCGCGAACAAGGGCGUCGGGAUCCUCCGCGUCCACAGCCCGGACGGCGCCGAGAUGGCCGAUCUGUACGUGACGCACCUCCUCGCCAACUACAACCACUUGGGCUCGCCAGGUCCCGGCGACUCGUACCUCUCGCACCGCGCCGCGCAGGCGUACGAGCUCGCGACCUUUAUCCAAGCGACGACGCGCAACGCGCUCAUUAUGGUCUGCGGCGACUUCAACUCGCCCGCCAACUCGCUCGUGCUCAAGAUCGUCCGCGACCUCGUCGCGCUCCGCGAUGCGUUCGCGGACAACCACAAGAACAAGGACUGCGAAGGGCUCACGUUCGGAACCGACGACAACGAGUUCUCAGCCGGCGAGUUUCCGAUGCGGAUGGACUACAUUCUCUUCAAGUCCCAGCGCUGGGCGCUGCAUGAGAGCAACGUCUACAAGGAGUUCUUUACCAACACGAAGGGCGACGAGCUCCCGCUCUCGGAUCACUUUGGCGUCUUUGCCGAGUUCCGCCUUACGACGCACGACAACGACGACGAGACCAACAACAACAACAACAAUGAGCAAAGCGACAAGGUUCCGGCCGGUGAACCGUCCGGUUUGCGCAACCGCAAGCAGCCGCAGGCCGUGGCGCCAGUGGCCUUGCCGGCCGCGACGCCGUCGACGGCGAUUGCGUGUCUCGAAGACAUUCUCCGCGAGCUCGAGGCCGGGAAGGCGCAGACCGUCGAAGCUCGUCUCACGCACUUGACGCGGGCUUUCGGGAGCCUUUUCGCCGUGCUUGUGGGUGGCAUCGGCAUGGUGCUGUACAGCCACACGCUCUCGAACGCCUUUUGGUACAUGGGCUAUGGGCUCCUGACGCUGCUCUUCGUGUUUGGCAUCCUCGAGUACAUCGUCUCGUUCUUCGUCCUCACGCUCGAGGUGUCGUCGUUCACGGAGUUUCUCAACCAGAUCUUACUCCACCGCCAUACGCUUCUGGAAGGCAGCGUUCAAGACGCGUAAAACUCACGUUAAAGAUUUAGAC